AACAAGCACCCACCCAAACAAACCCACAUCUCUCAUUCUUCUCAUCUACCUCCUAAAACAGAGGAACAAGAAUGGAGAAUGAAGAACUGUCGGUUCUGCAAGAACAAGAAGAAGAAGCAGCCGCAGCCGGAGCCGGGGAAAGCAGUGUAACGCACGGAGGGAGGUACGUGGAGUACAACCUUCUGGGAAACAUCUUCCAUGUAUCCUCCAAAUACGUCCCUCCCGUUCAUCCCGUCGGCCGCGGUUCGUAUGGCGUCGUCUGCUGUGCCAGAAAUGCAGAGACGAAUGAGGCGGUGGCGAUUAAGAAGAUCGGAAACGCUUUCGACAACAGUGUUGACGCCAAGAGAACCCUCCGUGAGAUCAAGCUUCUCCGCCAUAUGGAUCACGAAAACAUUAUCAAAAUUAAAGACAUAAUCCCGCCGCCGGAGAAAGACAAGUUUGACGACGUUUACAUCGUCUACGAGCUCAUGGAUACCGACCUCCACCACAUCAUUCGCUCCUCCCAGCUUCUCACCGACGACCACGCCCAGGUUUCUGAUUAUACAAUAUUAUGUGUCUACAUUUGUGUGGGAUUGAGGGGUUUGAAGUACAUCCACUCGGCAAACGUGCUCCAUCGCGACUUGAAGCCAGGGAACCUGUUGCUGGAUGCGAAUUGCGAUCUGAAGAUAUGUGAUUUCGGGCUGGCGAGGACCACGUCUGAGUCCGAUUUCAUGACGGAGUACGUCGUCACGCGGUGGUACAGGGCGCCUGAGCUCUUGCUCAAUUGCUCCGGCUACACCGCCGCGAUCGACAUUUGGUCCGUCGGUUGCAUUUUCUUGGAGAUUGUUCAAAGAGAGCCGCUUUUUCCUGGCAAGGACUACGUUCAGCAGUUGGGUCUUAUUACCCAGCUACUGGGUUCACCGGAAGAUUCUGAUUUGGGAUUCUUGAGAAGCGACAACGCAAGGAAGUAUGUGAAGCAGUUGCCGCAUUUCCCUAAGCAACCCUUUGUGGAGAAGUUCCCAGAUGUUUCGCCAUUAGCGCUGGAUCUCGCGGAGAAAAUGCUCGUCUUUGAUCCCAGCAAGCGCAUAACUGUGGAGGAAGCGUUGAAUCAUCCGUAUCUGUCGAGUCUCCAUGAGAUCAACGAGGAACCAACCUGUUCAAGUCCGUUCGUCUUCGAUUUCGAGCAGGCUUGUUUGAGUGAGGACGACAUAAAGGAGCUUAUUUAUUUGGAGUCUCUGAAUUUCAUGUCUACCGAUGAAGACGCUAUGGACUUGAGUAAUUGACGCCCUGAAUUUCAUUGUUUCCCGAUUGUUCAUUUCCGGUUUGUGCUCAUUAUUGGUGAUGACAGCAUUGACAGGACUUAAUUUUUGCUGGUUAUUGUUCCGAAAAAGGAAAACAGAGAGAAUGGAUAUCUCGGAAGAGGAGAUGGGGGAUCUUCUCUUUGAGCAGCUUUCCCACUAAGCUAGGGAAAAUUUUGAUCCUUUUUUGUUUGGUUAUAAAUUUGUUGAUGGCGGGAAUUGAAUCUGUCAUGAACAGAGGGUUUUGGUUAUCCUGAGCCCCUUCAAUGUAUAAAUUGAUUUGCUUCGUUGAUUUGAAAAAUGAGGAUUUUGGCAUGACUUGAAUUUUGGAAAAUCAUGUAUAUAUGAUGAAUUUGGUG